AUGCUUUCAAGUCAUGCCAACAUGGCUCAGUAUGAACACACCUCACUAUGGUGGCCCGAGGAUCGCAUCAGAGCCACCCUCGACACAAAGUUUAUCAUCAAUCGACUGCAACCAGAGAAUAUCCCCCGCCUCUUUGAAUUACCGGACUGGGGCGAAGGCUUGACCAGUGGGACCUACAUGGAAUGGAUCCUCACCAAGGCCUCCCGUGUCUUUAUGAUCCUCGACGCUAUAGGCAUUCCCGACCGGAUCUUCGCGCUAGUCGAUGAAUCGUGCGACGAUGACGAUCUACCCGUCGCCCAACAUAGUGUGGAUUUACUCCACUUAUCCCCCAACGGGGAAGAUCUAGCCCUCGAAACAAGUUUCUUUCAUGCGCAAUGGCGCUACCUAGUCCGAGGUAUAGCCGAGGGAGCGCAUGUUACGUAUACCGAAAACGAAGGCGUCCCUCUCGAGGCAGUGCGCACCAACACCAGCGGCGGAAUACACGGGCGUGAUGAGACCGUAGACAGGGUAGUCCUCGCCGGCUCGGUUUGUCGGGUCUAUAUGCGCACUCAAGUGCAAAUAGGCGGCGCGCCAUAUUUCUUCUCGCCCGAAGAGGUUCUGGCCGAGAUCCGCAACUUGAAACGACUGUCGCAUGAACAUAUCGUCUCCGUUUAUGCCUCAUACCUGAAGGAUGACAGUGUCUCGGUGCUUUUCACCGGCGCCAUGGCAGAUCGGAACUUACAUAGCUUCCUCACAGAUGAGCCGAUGUCCUUCAAAAGGCUGGACAAAGAACAACGCCGCCAGACCUUGAUCACCUGGCCUCACUGCCUGGCAUCUGCAGUCUCCUGGUUGCACGCGCGCGGCCAAUCUCAUGGCGCAAUCCGCCCAUCCAACAUCUUCAUCGAUGCAAACUUUCAUAUCUGCCUCGGUCAAUUCCAAGCACUCGACUCGCUCCUGACACCACAACAUGUCAACGACCUCGAUGCAUAUAAUUACUCUGCGCCAGAGCGCUGGACUCGUCCCACAGCUCCAGUCAUUCUGCAAAGGCCAGCGCAGCCUACACAGACACUACUUCCCUCAGGGGGACGUACAAAGCGUAGACAACGGCCAACCCGUCUAGCCCUAUCCCCAUUAAGCGAAAGCCCACCUGCUUCUGUGUCCACCACACGACCAAACUCAGCUGCCUCAAAGGGCACAGUCGUCCACAUCGGCCUACAAGACUCACCGUCACAUUUCUCCCUCGCCUUCUCAUCCUCCUCUUCAUCUUCAGGAGCCUCAUCAGCAGCCUCUUCCGUCUACACAGACGCAACGGCCACAUCACCUCAACCAAAGAAACACCGUCUCACAUCCUUCUUCGCCCGAAGAAAGAACUCCCGCCCAACACCAUCAAUAAUGUCAACCUCUACAUCCUCCUCAAAUGCAUCAACAACACCAACCUUCAUUCCCCAAUCACCCCCCUCAACCUCCCGCUCCCCACCACCCCAAACCCCAACAUCCCUCCGCCACUCCAGAUCCACUCAAUCCCUAGCAUCUUCAUCCUUCACCAGGCCCAUAACAUCCACCUCCUGCCUCCAAUCCUCGACCCACUCCUCCCCACCCCCUAAUCCCAAUGCCCCAGCAGACAUCUUCUGCCUCGGAGCAACAACCCUCGACAUCCUAACAAUCCUGCACAAAAAGUCCCUGCCCUCCUUCAGCGCGCACCGCAGCGCCCGAAACCGAUCUGCCGGCCGUGGCGGCGGAAUAGCAGAUGCAUCGUUCCAUCUCGCGCGGAAUGCGGUGCAGGUGCAGUCGUGGAUUGCGCUGCUAGAGGGCGAUGCGUUGAAACGGUGUCGACGGGAUAGACGAUCUGAUCGUGCUUUCUGGGCUGUGCCGAAGAUGUUGAUUGUUGUGAGAUCUAUGCUUGAUUUUGAGGCUGCGAAGAGACCGCUUGUGAAAAGGGUUAGGAGGGGUUUUGCGGAGGCUGUUGCUAGAGGGAGGGGUGGGGAGAGGAAAGGCGGAGAGGAGAUCUUGUUGCAUUGUGUGAAGGACAAACGGGAGAAGGAUGGAAAGGAGGAGAAUCAGGGGAAGACUGGGUUGGCGGCUAUUCGGGAUAUGGAGAUCGGGAAGAGUGCUGUUCUUGCGCCUGUGCCUCCCGUGAGAGUCCCGGGGUCGGGAUCGGUUUCGGGAUCUGUUUCGGGGUCUGUUUCGGAGUUUGAUUUUGGAUUUGGAGAUGUUGGGAGUGAGAGUGAGAGUAAUGUUGAGGAAGGAGAGUAUCGUGAUUUUGAUAUUGAGGAAGAGGAUAUUUCGGAGUUUGAAGAGCCUGAGAUACGCGUGGAGCACGCCUCGCCUCGGCUGUGUCUGCCAGAGUUGGAUGUGAACAUUAGUGGGAUAGAGGGUACGACGUUUAAAUAA